AACCUCAAAUAAUCUAAACUUUUCACGUUGUAGUGUAGUUGUGAUAAUUUUUCAAAAGUUCAAUAUUGUUUUAUGACGAUUGAUUGAUUCAAUAAUUAUGGGUCGUAAAGCAGGGUUCAACGAAGGGGAGAAACCUAAAAAAGGACCUGGCAGAAAAUCGAAAAAACAAAAAGAACCUGUGCUCCCAAAAGCUCUAGAAGAUGUGGGAAUCAAGAAACUGAGCAGACGACAAAAAUUGAGAGCUAAGAAUCGUUUGAAUAAACAAGUAGAACGUGCAGUAAAGCAUGAAAUUGCUUUAAAAAAGAAUGAAAAUAAGAAAAAUGGACAAGUAUCGAAAGACUCCAAGCCUAAAAAUGGUACUGGUGUAAUGUUAACUCAGAAAAGAAAGAGAGGUUUUAACGAUGAUAAUGACGCUUGGUUGAAACCGAGUAAAAAUAAGAAAAUCAAGGAAAAAGAUGUUGAAAUAAGCAAGCAAGAUUCAGAUGUUGAGGAAGAUGAGAGUUUAAAUGAUAAUAGUAGUUCGGAAGAAGAUGUUAAUGAUAGUGAUAAUUUGGAAGAAGAAGAAAGUUUUAACAAUGAUGACAGUUUGGAAGGCGGAGAAAGUUCAAACAAUGAUGAAGAAAGUGAUGAGGAAAUUGAUAAUGCUAAAGUUGGAAGUUUAAAUGAUUUGAGUGAUGACUCUGAUAUUGAGAAUGAUGAAUAUGAAAAUAAUAGUGAUAAUGAUGACAGUGAGGAAGAUCUACUACCUAUUGAAAAGCAGAACAAAAUUCUGGUUAAAAAAGCUGCGAAAGAGAAAAAAUUAGCCGAAGAAGAAUUAGCAGCAAACAUAGCAUCUCAGGAAAAAUUUGAAUUUCCAACAGUUGACAGUGAAGAAGUAAGUUUGCAAGAUGUUCAGCAGAGAAUUCAGGAAGUUAUGGCAGUACUGGCUGAUUUUUCGAAUCAAAAGCAAAAUGAUAGGUCUAGAUCCGAUUAUAUAGAUUUAUUAAAAAGAGAUUUGUGUACAUAUUACUCAUAUAAUGAAUUUUUGAUGGAAAGGUUCAUGCAAUUAUUUUCAUUAUCCGAACUUUUGGAGUUUUUGGAGGCAAGUGAGGUUCAAAGACCCUUAACAAUAAGAACGAAUAGUUUGAAAACUAGAAGGCGCGAUUUAGCUCAGGCUCUCAUUAACAGGGGUGUAAAUUUAGAUCCAAUUGGAAAGUGGAGUAAAAUUGGUUUAGUUAUUUAUACUUCUCAAGUACCUAUCGGGGCUACUCCAGAGUAUUUAGCCGGACAUUACAUCAUCCAAGGGGCUUCAAGUCUCUUGCCAGUAAUGGCUUUGGCACCGCAAGAAAAUGAAAAAGUUUUAGAUAUGGCCUCUGCGCCUGGCGGUAAAGGUUCACAUAUUGCUGCACUAAUGAAAAACACUGGAACACUUUAUGCUAAUGAUGUUAGCAAGGACAGAAUAAAAGCAGUUCAAAGUAAUUUUCAUCGUAUGGGAGUACAAAACGCCAUUGUAACUACAAUGGAUGGCAGGAAAUAUCCUAAUAAAAGGAAAGAUUUCGACCGAGUACUGUUGGAUGCUCCAUGUACAGGAACAGGAGUCAUUGGGAAAGAUCCAAGUGUGAAAACGAGUAAAGACGAACAGGAUAUACAGCGUUGUUACAAUCUACAGAGGCAACUAUUGUUGGCCGCUAUAGAUUGCGUUAAUGCCAAAUCAUCGACCGGUGGAUAUAUCGUAUAUUCAACAUGUUCGGUUUUACCUGAAGAGAAUGAAUGGGUGGUGGAUUAUGCUUUGAAAAAGAGGAAUGUCAAAUUGGUAUCUACAGACUUAGAUUUUGGAACUGAAGGUUUUGUAAAUUACAGGCAUCAUCGGUUCCAUCCAACCUUGAAAUUGACUAGAAGAUUUUAUCCACAUGCACAUAAUAUGGAUGGUUUCUUUGUGGCGAAAUUAAAAAAAUUCUCUAACAAAAUACCAUCAUCUGCGACGGUAGAAGUAGAAGAAAAAGAAGAGUAGUGGAUAAUAAACAAAAGAUUGGUCUUUAUUUAAAAUCAAAUUCAGUUGUUACAUGAAAGUGUAGUGGAACUGUGUCUGAAAAAAUAAAAAAUUCUAAAAUGUUAUAACUUGUAUAUUAUGUUAAAUUAUAUGGUUGCAAAUUCAACAGAAAUUUAUAGUUUCCUUUGAUAUUCUCCAUUACUUUUAUGCUUUCAGGCAAUGAAUUGAAAAUCUUCAGGCAUCUGUAAUCUAUUAUUAGAUUGAACUAUAUAUAAUCAAAAAACCUCUGGUCUUAUGGAAUAAUUUCUUAUUCUCAUAUUUUUGGAAGAGUUGAUUGUUCAUCUUCAUAAAUAAUAAACAUUCCUGUAUUA